AGCUCACCACCGCCAUCUUCUUCCUCCAUACAACCUCUUACGCUCCACGCCAUGCCUCUCCCUCAGCCCGUUCCCCCCUCAUGGAAGGACCUUGGCAAGUCCUCCAACGACCUUCUUAGCAAGGACUACAACAUCCACGGCACUUCUCUUGAGGUGAAAACCGCCACCCCCUCCAACGUCACCUUUAAAGUUGCUGGUGCCCGUGACACAAAAUCUGGCAACAUUCACGGUGACAUCGAGGCCAAGUUCACCGACAAGCCCCACGGUCUCGCCCUCACCCAGGCCUGGACUACCUCUAAUGCCCUCCGCACCACCAUCGAGCUCGAGAACCAGAUUGCCAAGGGCCUCAAGCUUGAUCUCAACACCACCCUUCUUCCCGACAAGGGUACCAAGGGCGCGCUCCUCAACGCGACCUACAAGCAACCCGGUCUCCACUCUCGCGCCGUCCUUGACGUGUUCAAGGGCCCGACCUUCACCGCUGAUGCCGUUCUCGGCCGCGAUGGUUUCCUCGUCGGUGCUGAGGCUUCUUACAACGUCACCGAAGGCAAGGUUACCCGCUACGCUGGUGCUGUCGGCUUCAGCGCGCCCGAGUACGCUGUCACUCUCCAUGGUCUCAGCAACCUGUCGACCUUCGCUGCGAGCUACUACCACCGCGUCAGCCCCAAUGUUGAGGCUGGAGCCAAGGCUAUUUAUGACACUAAGGCUACCACUUCGGGUGUCAGCCUUGAGGUCGGCACCAAGGCUGUCCUCGACCAGGCUGCGUUUGUCAAGGCGAAGAUUAACAACUCUGGUGUCCUUGCUCUUGGAUACACUCAAACCCUCCGUCCCGGUGUCAAGGCUUCCUUCGGUCUUGCGCUUGACACUCAGCGUCUGAACGAGGCAACUCCUUCCGGCGCUGCACACAAGGUCGGCGCGAGCUUUGUCUUUGAGGCCUAAAUGAUGUAGCUGGGGAUAUGGGGUUUGGCGGUCUUGCUCCAAAAUGUGUUAUCUUGCAUUAAUCCCAAUGAAAUAAUGUUUGUCCGAACG